CAUUCGAAAUUUCGCAGUCGCUACUGGAAUUUUCAGCAAGCAGCAUUCUCUCAAUAUUCGACGAAAAUUCUAUUUUCUGAAGCUGAAAUGAAAUUCCUUGUUUCCUUAUUGUCAGUUACUGCUUUUUUCUUAGUUCAAGGAAAUGCCCAAUACCAGCCAUACUACGAUGAUGCGUAUCCGUAUCCAAUUUAUCCGCCAGCUGACAUUCAGCCUCCCUUAAACUACGUGGACGAAAACCGUUUCUUAUUCCAACUGGCAACUAACCUUUUCACAACGACGACUACAACUACAACUACUACUACCACUACUUGCACGGUAUCAACUAAUGUGGCUUGCGUUGGUGGUCGUCGUAGAAGAUUUCUUGGCGUCAAUGAUGACGACCUCAUUGAGCCUUCUCCAGUAAACAAAGUCGAGGUUACUCAGAUUGCAGAGAUGGAGCCUUCAGCCAGGAUGGAACGUAAAGCUGAUCCUCAAUUCCCAUUUUUUCGUGGAGGUUAUGAACAUCCUUUGUACGAAAUCCAGUCCACAUUCCGCCAACAACCUUUCCCCGUGCAUUACAAUCCGUAUGUUCGCCGACCAGUGAUUAAUGCGGAUCCACGAUUCUUGAUUCGCGUCACCUCAACAUCGACAUCCACUUCUACUGUUACUUCAAGAUCGACACCAAUUUGUUCUUCAGGAAGCAGCUUUAGCCAGUGUUAAAACUGACUAUUCAUUUUUAGCUUUUAGCUAAUUAAUAGAUUAUUUUUUAGCUACUAAUCCUUAUUUCCAUUAUUUAUUGGAGAAGAAAAUUAAGGCGAUAAUCGUAAUAAUAAACUUAAUUAUUUGUUUAAAAGGAAAGGAUUGUUAUGAGAUUGCAUGGAAAUACACCACCUGAUAAUUAUUCAGUA